AUGGAUGUAAGUGGUGAUAGAAGUAAUUCUAGAGAGAGAAGAGAAUCUACCUUAGGGGAGAGGAUUGACUCUAAUAAAAGGGUAGAGGAUUUGGAAAAGGAUAUAAAUGAUAUUAAAGGAAUAACAAACGGUGAAAUUGGAGCAGAUCGUGCCCAACCUAUUUCUAGUCAAGUCCGUCUGGAACCUUUUACAGGAGAGAAGGAAGCUGUUGACGUUUAUAAGAACAGACUGGAAUCUUAUUUUGUAAUGACACAUACAGCCGAAAAUAUGAAAAUUCAUCACCUAAAGUUAAUGCUGAAAGGGAGACAGUUAGAAAAGUUUAUGAGGAGAGAAUUUACUGAAGCUCAUUCUCUUCUUGGAGCUCGGUCAAAAUUAGAUACCAUCAAGUGUGGAAAGCUUCAAAAAAAAAUGACUAGAGUUGCCGAGUUGUUACCGAAACCAUUGAAAUACAAUUUUGAAUUCAUUCAUGUAAACUGUUUUGACACUGCAAUCUAUAGAGAAUUAAAGAUGUGGACAACCUUUGAAGAGGGGAGAAAAAGAUAUGAAAAGAAACCACAGAGUAAUUUUAGGUAUGAAUUUAAAGGCAAUUGUAACAAGUGUAGUGUAAAAGGCCAUAAAGGCAAAGACUGUAUUCAAUUUAAGAAUUGGAAAGAGAAGAUUGAGAAGAGUGCUACCUGUAUUGAAGUAGUGGAAAAAAAUGCUGCGUGUUUUGACAAAAUUAUGAAAGCCAGAAGAAUGAAUUUACCUUUAAUUGAAAUGAAGUAUGGAACUGGAAAGGCUGUAACGCUAUUGGAUACUGGAUCCACGGUUACAAUCAUGACCAAAUCUUAUGCUGACAAAAUGAGAGUGAAAUAUGAACCAUGCGAUCAGAAGAUAAAAAGCUUCACAGGUAAUCUUUAUCGACCGAUGAUAACUAAGAAAUAUGAAAAGUUUAAUUUGGGGAAAAAUGAAAUUCUGAUCAGGCUAUUAGUAGUGGAGAGUGGAGAAAAUUCUAGUUGUUACGACAUUAUAUUAGAAAAUGACUUUUUCACAGAGAAAAGUAUUACUAUAAAAGGUACUGGAUCAAAACGAAGAGUAGUAGUGGAAGGAGAAUCUUAUCCAAUAUUGGAAAACAUGCAAACAAAUAAGGAACUUAAGCCUCAAUCAAAAUGUGAGAAGAUGGAGUUAAAUCUUGAGGAAGAAAUUGUACCAAGUGAUAUGCCAGAUAUUAUAAUCGAUGAAAUGCCGUCGGAGAAUGAUGAAAACAAUAUUUGUUUUAUCACCAUUGCUGAAAAUGAAAACGAGAAAUAUGUUAAAGAAAUAAGGAAAAGGUAUCCUAAAGUAAUUGCAAAGCACCAAUAUGAUAUUGGAUCCGGGAAGAUUAAAGUUCCGUUGCAAACAUUUUUAGAAACUACACAAUUGAGAAAGCUAGUUAGAUUUAUUCCAAGAAGUCAAGCGGAAAUAGAUUUUAUUGAAUCACAAAUUAAGUUAUUGUUAGCUGCGGAUAUAAUUGGAAAGGGAGUAGUUCCAUACAUCCAUCCUUUCUUUGUAAUUCCAAAAGCUGAAUCCGUGACUGAAUUUAGAAGUUUGACCGAUUUUAGAUCAGUAAACCAAAUCACAGUGCCAUUUCAUAUAGAAUCGAAGUUGCCCCGUACUUUAUUUUCUCAACUUGCUGAAGCUAAUCAUAUAACGAAAUUGGAUAUGAAUUCUGCAUAUUUUCAAUUUGCAUUAGACGAAUCACAGUACAAAUGUUUUGGGUUUCAGUGUCCAAGUGGAUGUUAUUACUAUAAACGUUUGCCACAAGGAGCUAAGAAUAGUGCUGGAUUAUUUGAUAUUAUGCUAGAGAAUUUGCUACGUAAAUUUGAAAAGAAUAUGAUAUUAUUUAAAGUUGAUAUUUUGAUUUUCUCUAAAGAAAGUGAUGAGGAACAUUUACAGUUAAUCAUGGAUAUUUUAAGAGUAUUUGAGAAAAACGACCUGCGAAUAGAUAUCAGGAAAAGUGCCGUAUUCUUGAAAUUUGAAAUUGAUGAGAAAGGAUUCCGACCAUCUCAGAAAAGUUUAAGUAGAUUUGUGAAUCGGAAAAAACCAGAAACCACCAAAGAACUCUUAUCUAUCGCGUUAUCUGGAUCUUACUUUCAAGGGUGUGUAAAAAGAUUUGCAGACUUGGUACAACCUUUACUGGAUGUAUGCCAAACCAAAAGAUCCAUGCAAAACUGCGAGACAUUUUAUUUUCCAAAUAACAAAUUGCCAUUUUUAAUUACCUCUGAUGCCUGUACUACCGGAAUUCGAGGAUAUUUAAGCCAAAUCAAUUCCAAGAAUGAGGAAAAGAUCUUAGGAUGGAUGAGUAAAAAAUUACCACUUACAGUGAGAGAAAGAAAUCUUACAAUAACAGAAAGUAUAUCAACAAUUAUAAAACCAGAUCAUCGUAAUUUAGUUCAUAUAGCUGAAAAAGGAAAUGACGCGAGGUAUGGAAGCUUUAUCGAAGCAGUGAUGUCAGGAGACAAUCAUCUACAGUAUAUUCAAGGAACUAAAAACCGAGUUGCUGAUGAUUUAUCACGUUAUGGAUUUUCAAGUGCUGCCAUUCUGGAGAUCGUUCCAAAGGAUAAAUUAACACUGGAAGAACAAUUGAAAGAAGAAAAGAUAAAAAAAGCCAGGAAAAAAGGGGAAUAUGAUGGAUACAAAAUUAUACCUCAAUGUCCAAAGUUGAUCAUGAUCUUGAAGGAGGGAAAGGAGAUACCAUUGAUACCUGAUCAAUUUGUUUCAAACUUGUUGAUGAUAAGUCAUGAUAACGCAGGAUAUGUAGAGUUUUCAAAAGUUUAUGAAACGGCGAAAGAAGUAUGUUAUUUUACAGGAAUGAGACAAAGAAUUUUGGAUUAUUGCCGGUCAUGUCAACCGUGCCAAUUUAGAAACCAUUCACCAAAAGUAAAGUUGGCAGAAAAGGCGAUUAUUUAUGAAAGACCUAAUGUAUGCUUGGUAAUUGAUAUAUGUAGAAGAAUCUCACCACCAAGCAAAAAGUAUCACUAUAUCCUGGGAGUGAUAGAUUGUUUCACUAGAUGUGUCACAUUAAUACUGUUAGAAAAUUAUUCAUAUAAAAAUGCAUUGAAGGAACUAUACAGACGUGUGUUUUAUAUUCAUAGACCACCAGAGAAGGUACGUUUAGAUGGAGCCGGAAAUUUUAGAAAUGUUAAUUUGGUAAAAGCAUUGAACGAUAGUGGAAUUGAAGUUUCUACGUCGGUUCCGUAUUGUUCGAAAAGUAAUAGUCUUAUAAAAAGAUUAUUUAAGCAACUACAAAAUUGUAUAGCUAAGUAUAAACAAUAUGAGUAG